AUGGCCAAAAAGAAGACCCUGAAGCAGCAGGACUUCCAAAAGAAGAAGCUUAAGGUUGGAAAACCAAAACAGCAAGCGAGUAACGUCACCAGCACUGCGUUUACAGCGAGGACAAUCUCGCUGCCGAAUCAACAGAAACUGAAGUCAGCUGGUAACCGCGAGGAUUCCGGCGAUGAAAGACUGGAGGCAGACAUUCUAAGGCGCUUGUCUUUAUGUAAGCACCAUAGUGCAGUAACCAGGAAAGAGACCUUAGUGCACUUCAAACAUAUGGUGCCGAGAAUUAUAACUGCGAAAUGUAUGACGCCUCUUCUGAACAGCUGUUACCCGUUGAUUUGCGACCAAGAUAUUCAGGUAAGGUCGGCCCUGCUUGAGCUAUUGGAAGAAAUAGGGCAAUAUGAUCAAAAUGUUUUGAGGUUGCAUAGUCGGGCACUAGUUCUGUUCAUCAACAGCAGCAUGACACACAUUGUUCCUGCAGUCCAACGCGACUCGGGGAAAUUUUUACAGUGCGCAGUCCGCUACUGUGGUGAUGAACUCGUUCGCAAUUCGUGGGUCAAGAUGCUGAAAGGCAUGUUCAGCGUACUAGGAUGGUCGCUUGAAGCUCCUGGCUCGAAAAAGAGCAGCAAAUCAGUAAGCAUGGGUGUGAAAACCUCGAGCGUCGUCAGUAUGAACAGCACCAAGGCGAAGCGGUCCCUACAAGCUAAUCUCGAAACGCUUCUGGAGUUUGUGAAGUGUGGCUGUCUCGAACCGAAGCCAGACCCAUCUUCUGGCGAGCUGCCCCAUGGACCUUCAGCAUACGAUAAGUAUCUUAUCCCUGCACUGCCUCAACCAUACCAACAUCUGAAGCUCUUUGUAAAAGAGCUGAAAAACGAGAAAACAGCAUCACACUCCAAGCUUGAAGAAUUGAACAACACGUCUUUCCAAGACUAUGCUACACGGCGUGAGGUCUUGCUGGAGCACUUCUACGACAGAGUAUUGGAGAAUGUAGAAAACGUUAUAGCCGACGGCGGCGAGUGCGGCAGAGUAGCCAAGUCUUUGAAGGGAACGAUGGGAGAUAUAAAAAGCUUGCAAGAUGCCUGCGCCUAA